AUGGCCUUUGGUAGAUCACGAGCUCGUCACCACGCUGGUGGAGCCACCGUCACCACUACAGUCACAACCGUGGAACAACCAGCACCGGCAACAAGAACCCGCGGCACUCGAGGCACUCGGGGCACUCGGGGCACCGGUGCAGUGGGCACAAAACCCACCCUCAGACAGCGCCUCUUUGGCCCCAAGACUAGAACACCAAGGACCACCACGGCGGCUCCAACACGAAGACGCCGUGUCGGCACGCGACGCACACCGGCGACGACUGCCACCACUACCACUCCACGCCGCAAGGCCAGCGUGAGCGACAAGGUCUCCGGUGCGAUGCUCAAGUUGAAGGGGAGUCUUACCCGAAGGCCGGGCCAGAAGGCCGCCGGCACGAGACGCAUGCAUGGGACAGACGGCCGAGGGAGUCGUCGAUACUACUAG